GAGAGAGAGAGAGAGAGAGAGUGCGAAAGAGAAAAAGAGAAAGCACAAAUCGUUGAUAAAGAUACAGAUGGGACGGGAGAGAGAGAGAGAGAGAGAGAGCGGAAAGGAACGCUGAAUCGAAACGGUAAAAUCAAAGAAAAAGAGAGCGAGGAAUAUACACGAGAAAGAAGGGCAAAGGUAAAGAGGACAUUUCUAACGACAGGAAGAAAAGAAGCGAUAUCGAGGAGAAUAGAGGAAGGGGUGAAAGUCGGCUUAAGAAAAAGCCGAAAAGGGAGGGAGAGAGUGUGCAAGAGAGGUACGACAGAGAAGGGGCGAUAGAGUGUAUUUGUGGGGGAGAAUCGCGACACUCUGCGUGCGGCACGAGAGAGAAACGCAGAGGAGAUCCGAAAUCGAAAAGAAAUUCUCAACUGCGGCUAGAUAGGAUGCGUGUGCUUGGGUGCGGCGUCUCGUCACCACCCGACAAACGACAACAGUUUAGCAGCGUCAAUAGCGCCCGUAAUAUCAUUCGUACCAAGGCCGGCGAGGCCGGUGUCGGGAAAGACAGAUCCGCGAGAACGUUUAUCGAGAGCGCGGAAUCGUUCGCUAGAGGUGCAAGCAGCACGCUCGUCGUCGCCCGAAUCGUCAAGGACGAGGGGAAGAGCGAGGAAGACCGGAAGAGAUCUCUUUGGGGCUUGAAAGAUUGCCGUCAUUGCGACACCGCAUCGUUCGGACUUGCUCCGGAAGUUGAUCAACGAGAAUACGUUCAAACCACGUGUUUUACUCUCGGAAAGUCGCGGAAACAGUUGUACGGUAUUUUCGCGAUCGACAGCGUUCCUCCGACGAGUGGUGCGAUCCUUAGAACGCGGUCCCUCGCGAUCGACGUCCUCUGCAAUCGGCAUUCAAACUGAGAGAGAGAGAGAGAGCCCUUUCUUCCCUACAUG